AUGACGUCCCCUGCACGGUCACCAACGAACGAGUCCCGCUCGACCAUUGUAUCAGCCACCCAAGACCCUGUCGUUCUCGUCGACUCUGAAAAGACACCACCCGCUGAUGCUGUCGCCACAACCCUUCCACAACCCCAAGACCUCGAAGCCGCUUCUCCUCCUUCUCCUCCACAAGGACCGUCGCAAGACUUUGGUCCCAAGACACCAUUGACCCCACUCCGUCGCGCCCUGGUCUUCCUCGGCAUCACUGUAACGUUGUUCCUCGCAGCCCUCGACCAGACCAUUGUCACCACCACUCUACCCUCGAUCGCCAAGGACUUUGACAACUUUUCAGACAUCUCCUGGGUCGGCACUGCGUAUCUCCUCACCACAACCGCUGUCCAGCCCCUCUACGGUGUUGCUGCCGAUCUUGCUGGACGCAAACGAGCUAUGAUGUUCGCAUGCGUUGUCUUCCUUUUGGGUUCCGCUCUUUGUGGGGCUGCCCAGUCCAUGAUCAUGCUCAUCAUCGGUCGCGCAGUGCAGGGUCUUGGAGGAAGUGGAAUCAUUGCCCUGAGCAUGAUCCUGGUCGCAGACAUUGUCCCCCUCCGUGAACGAGGUACAUACCAAGCCCUGAUCGCACUCAUCUUUGCAAUCGCCGCUGUCCUAGGUCCCCUCCUCGGUGGUGCCUUCUCCGAUAAAGUCACCUGGCGUUGGGCCUUCUACAUCAACCUCCCCGUCGGCGCCCUGGCCAUGGCUCUCCUGAUCUGCUUCAUGCACAUGAACCGGCGCAAGCAUGUCUCCCUUGCCACCAACCUCAAGUCACUCGACUACCCGGGCAUUGUUCUCAUGGUCAUCUCGAUCGUCAUGAUCCUUUUGGGACUCAACUGGGGGGCGGAUGCCAAGUAUGCGUGGGACUCGGCUGUUAUCUUGACGCUCUUGAUUGUUGGUGUUUUGGUCGGGGCUGCCUUCUUGGUCAACGAGUGGAAGUUUGCAAAGAGACCCAUCAUCCCGCUUCGUCUCUUUGGCACCUUCUCCCUUGCCAUGACUUACCUCCAAGUCUUCAUCCAAGGCUUUGUCUUUCUGGGUCUCCUCUUCUUCUUACCCCUGUACUUCCAGGCCGUCAAUGGCGCCUCUGCGGUCCAAUCGGGGAUCGAUCUCUUGCCCUAUGUCAUCAUCGGUUCUGGAUCUGCCGUCGUUGUCGGCCUGUUGAUGAGUCGCUGGGGUACUUACAAGGAGUUUAUCGUCAUUGGAUGGGCCUGCGGAACUGUCUCCGCAGGAUUGUUGAUCACCUUUGACGAGUACACAUCCAAGGGAAAAGUUGUCGGGAUCCUCCUCCUCCAAGGUCUCAGCAUGGGUAUGACCGUCAAUACCCUCCUCCUCGGAGUCCACGCCCAACUCGUCAACAAGUCUGAUAUUGCCCUCAGCACCUCCCUCUGGACAUUCCUUCGAACUUGUGGUGGCGUGUUUGGUAUUGCUCUCGGAGGCACGUUUGUGCAGAGCAGCCUGAGUAGCGCGGGCGCAAGCGAGUAUGCACAGAACAUCAAGGGAAUCGCCGAGUUACCCCCCCAGAUCCGGGCCCCGAUCCUGCAUGCGUUUGUGGUAGGACUGCAGCAUUUCUUUAUUCUGAUGACGGCCUUGUCGGGGUUGGGUUUGUUGGCGUCGUUUGCGAUCAAGAAGGUCAAGAUGGGUGCGAAGCAGGGAUCUGAGAAACCUGCGCCUGCGCCCAUUGCUGCCGAGUAA